UUUUUGCAUUCGAAUAAUGGAACUCGUCGUGGAGAGACGUUUCCUCGCUCUCGUCAUUUUAUUCGUCUUAAUUAGUCCUUUCGAGUGUUCGAGUAGAGUCAAACGAAUCGUGGGGGGAAAUCACGCCGCCAAACCCCCAGAGGAUGAUCCGGUGGUUUUUGUGAAUAGAGACGAUCGCGACGCAAGAAUUUACGGUUCUCGUGAUCCUGACAAAGGAUUUUACGUCUUCAAAGGGAUCAGAUUCGGCGAACCGCCUGUUGGGCGCAGUCGAUUUCAGCGACCAAGAGCUGUGCAUUUGAACGGCGAGUACAACGCAACGGCCUGGGGUCCACCGUGCCCCCAGCUCCACAAAGGAAAAGUUGUGGGUUCCGAGGAUUGCCUAUUCCUGAAUGUCUUCACCCCAGCACUUCCGGACUCUGGGGACGGCUAUCCCGUCCUCAUAUGGAUCCACGGAGGAGGAUUUCGCAUUGGUGCAGCCUGUCAAUACGAGAUGAGGAAUUUAAUCAAGAAACACAUGGUCGUUGUCUCCAUCCAGUACCGACUCGGGUCGCUAGGAUUCCUGAGUACAGGGACUCGAGAUUUACCAGGAAAUAACGGAAUGUUUGACAUGACUCUCGCUGUCAAUUGGGUGAAGAAAUAUAUUGGAUAUUUCGGGGGAAAUCCGGAGAGAAUUGUCGCCUUUGGACAAGGCACUGGGGCUAGUUCCGCCCUGAUGCUUUCUCUGUCGUCCUUGACUAAAAAUCAUUUCAGUGGACUGAUUGCAAUGUCUGGAACUCUUCUAUCCAAUUUCGUUUUUGAUAGAGACCCCAUGCAAACGACAAAGUUCAUAGCUUCUUCUCAUGGAUGUCCUAGUGAGAAUGUAACCGAGAUGGUACGAUGUCUUCAGGAAUUACCGGUAGAAAAAUUAAUUUCAGUGGAUGCGAAACUAUCGCACAUUCGAAUGGUGGCUGAUGGCUUCAUUUCGGAGAUAUCCGCGCUUUUGGCAGCUGGACCUGUGGUGGAAGGAAGGGAUGACGAAAGGGCACUUCCAAAUUUAAUGACUGACACACCCGAAAGCGUCUUAAGUCUCGGGAACUUCCCGAAAAUUCCUCUUCUGACUGGAGUCGUCAAAGACGAAACUGGAGGAUCCAUCGCCGGCGGCUACAGGAGCGAAGUUGAUAAUAAACUGAAGUCAGUCCCAGACUUUUUGACUAGAGAAUUGGUUCCAUCUCUUCAGAACACAAUUCCAUUUUUUGGUAACGGCUCAAGGCAGUUCAUUCCCAACGCUUUCAGCGAGUACUUGAAGAUCCCCGAGGGUGGGAGUCUACGGGAGAGUCUGACGAAAGUUGCCGAAGCCGUCACCGACGCAAUAUUCAAUGCCCCCGCCCUUCUAACCCUCAACUACUGGAGCAAAAAAGCGAAUGCUUAUUUCUACAGCUUCGAUUACAACAGCACACACUCUCACGGAAAGGACUUUUUGGCUGGACUUCCUCUGGUGGACGCCAAGGACCCGUCACUGGGGUCGACAGGCCACGGAGACGAUCUGGGAUUUAUUUUUGGGCAGAAUGACAUCUUCGGAGAACAACUACCAUCGGUACCAUUCUCGGAGAAAGACCAGGGAGUCACUGACACCUUCACAGAAGUCAUUUCACAGUUUGCUAGGACAGGACAACCUGGGGGGGAUGGACCUAAUGGAGUUCUUCCGUCAUUCUCCAGUAACGAUAACUCCUACAUCAGUAUAACUGAUGAGAUAAGACUUAUGAACAACUUUAGAUUGUGCGAAAUGAGUUUAUGGACUGGAGAUGCAGAGAAACUUGUGUCACCGAGUUGUGACGUACUCAGGGUCACGUCUGAAACUGUCAAGAAAAUUGGCAAGGAAACUGGGAAAAUUGUUGAUUUAGUGUCUCCGAGUGUCGAUAAAAUAAAAAAACCGAUUGAUGCGCUAGGAAAUGUGGGAGGGAAGGUAGUUCCUGGAGGAUUUCCGCCUGUAGCUGUUCCAAAAAUCCCCAAAGUUCCAAAAAUCCCUCUUUUCGGCUAUUUUUAGAUAAGACCAUUCUAAACGUUGUAAUCCCCAUGAACUUUUGAUUUUUCAGUAAUAAAUUAGAAUAUAAAACUCAUUAUUUUAAAAA